AUGGCGGGCAACACAAAUGACUCUGAAAAUCCGGAGUCAAAUCGACCAUCGGGGGUGACAGGGAAUGACUAUUCUCCGGGGCCAUCGAAUUUAGCUCCGAGAUCGACGUCUUCUGUGCGAAGAAGCUACGGAACACUGGAUACCUUUGCGACUGAAACCUCCGAAAUGCGCCACGAAGAAAAUCAGGACGAUUUAUCGAGCCGCACUUUUGCCUCGUCCUCCCCGGCUCCCGACAGGCCUAAAAAGCCACCGGUCACACGUCGCAUGUCGUCUAAACGUCAAAUACCUCACAAAGGACAAGAGUUCUCGACUGAUGAUGAUAUUAAAGAGAUUGAAGAAGAUUUCGCUCUGCAGGCUUCUACGCAUCCGUCCCCUCGCAUCCGUCCCUUGCGUGCUCCCUCUACCUUAAGACGACGUCCCAGUGCCCGUCCCAGUCCGCUGACACGAGCUGACUUGGAUCAUCUUACUGUGGACGACCAUGGCUUACCAGAACCUAGCUUGGAGGACUCGAGGGAGCUUCCAUCCCUACGGCAGUCAGAUGGAGGAAGUGAUACAGACAGUGGCGAAGACUCCCAUGACGAUGACGAUGAACAUGAUGAACACGACGAUCAUGAGGAUGAUGAUGAGGGGGCAAGCAGUGAUGCGGAGAGCUUCACGCUCAAGGAUCGGCAGCAAGCCAUCAAUGAAACCCAUCCUUUCGGAAUUCGAAUCUGGAAGCCGGCUGUCUACAAGAAGAGUCGGUCAGUUGAGAAGACCGCUGAAGGGGAUAUUCAUUCGUCACCGGGGGGUCGUGUCAGUCCCAUGCUAUUCUUGACCAACCUCCUGUGGUCUUUAUUCUUCGGAUGGUGGCUCGCCCUAAUUGCCUUGCUAGCGUCGGUGGCUUGCUUUUUCUUUGCCUACUCAUCCAGCGCAGUGGCUUAUGGGAGGGUAUUUUCUGGACUAUCGCGCUAUCUACUCUAUCCUUUCGGAUCAUUUGUUCUUCUAGAGAGCGAUGAGAUUUAUGCGGAGGAAGACGAAGGGGAGGGCCGCAGUAUCAGCGAAUACGAGCAGUGGCAGAACGGGGACUUGGAGCAUGGCCGGCUGUUCUUCGGUCCACGUAGGGAUAGAUCACUCGUGGGACGCCGACGAAACAGUGUGGAUUCAGCUGGUGAGCAAGACAGUCUGCUGGGCCGGCCUCAGCGAGGACAACAACAGGAUCCACAACUCCCUCACGCGAAGCGUCGCCUAUUUGGCCGUGGUGAAUGGAAUGUGGGCCGAGUCGUGUUCUUUGUCUUCUUUUACUUCUUGGUGGGACCAUUGAUGCUUCUUGUGUCGUUGGUCUGCUGGCUAGUGGUCUUUGGGAUUCCAAUGGGCCGGGUGACACUAAUCCUGGUGAGCCAUCUACGUAGGCAUCCUCUUGCCUUGUCUUUCCAUUCCGACACCUCCUAUGCAAGGCUCAGCUCCGGAUCUUCCUCGCCUUCCAUUCUAUUAUGCACAUAUCGUGCUGUAGGCACCAGAUACUGGAAAUACACGAUCGACGGCACAAACAUUUUUUUCAUCAAUCUACUCAGUGUGGUUGUUUUCGUCAUCGUUGACUACUAUUUCUUGAGCAAGUUCCUGGGCAUACAGUCAUGGUUGACGCACCCGGGGGUCAUCUUUACUCUCGCUUUGCUUUCAAUCAUUCCGCUAGCCUAUUUCAUCGGUCAAGCGGUAGCUUCGAUCUCGGCCCAAUCCUCGAUGGGUCUAGGUGCCGCAAUCAACGCAUUUUUCUCAACAAUUGUAGAGGUAUACCUCUACUGUAUUGCCUUAACAGAGGGCAAGGCUCAGCUUGUUGAGGGGAGUAUCAUCGGCAGCAUCUUUGCGGGCAUUCUAUUUCUACCCGGCCUCUCUAUGUGUUUUGGCGCCAUCAAGCGCAAGACUCAGCGGUUCAAUGUGAAAUCUGCUGGUGUGACCUCCACCAUGCUACUAUUCGCCAUGAUCGCUGCAUUUGGCCCAACUCUAUUUUAUCAGGUUUAUGGCAGUCACGAACUCAAUUGCCAUCCAUGUGUCGCACCGGCUGGCCUAGCGAUCCCGGAUGAUUGCCGCCAAUGUUAUUUCUCCCAGGUGGCAGCUGUACAGGAUGUAUUCUUCGAGAAAGCAGUCCAACCAUAUGCAUGGGCUGCCGCCGUCUUUCUUUUUCUGUCCUAUAUCAUUGGUCUUUGGUUCACCCUCAGAACCCACGCUGCUUUGAUUUGGGCCACAGAGAUCGAAGAGAAAGAGAAAGAGAAAGAGAAAAAGACUUCUCACCCUAUUCACGACUCGGUAUCCUAUGACCCGAGGAAUUUGCUCUUUUCGGGAUCUCCUGAGGCUUCUGGUGCCCUUACGGGCCGCAAAGACUCCAUUCGCGAAUCUCAGUUGUACAAACGAAUCUUAGGGCAGUCACUCAGGCAGGUUGGCCUGGAAGAUGCAAAUGCGAACAGCUGGGAAUACACCGACAGCAGCUCGGGGGUGGAAUAUCGAGGCAACAUACCCCAUCUGGUACCCCCGCUAGCUGGGGGCGCCGAUGAUCAGAUCCCUAAAGACAUUUGUGAUUUGAGUGGGGAGGAUAACGAGCGACUUCGCCAGGUGACCGAAGUGGCGGCCACUGCUGCAGCUGUAGCGGCUCGCGAUGCGGCUCGAAAUCGGAAAGUCACAGGCCAGCAAACUGCCGGGCGUCAGGCUGGACGUGCUUUGGCUGAACAAACCAAGCCACCUGUGGAGGAAGAUAUUGGCACUACCGCUGAUGCGAAUCACAGUGGUGGAGGCCACGAUGCUCCAAAUUGGAGCCGAGCCAAGAGUUCAAUCAUCCUCCUUGGUGCAACUAUCCUCUAUGCCGUAGUUGCUGAAAUCCUUGUCAAUACUGUGGAUGUGGUAUUAGAGAGCGUGGAUAUUGAUGAAAAGUUCCUCGGAAUUACACUGUUUGCUUUGGUCCCUAACACCACUGAGUUUCUUAAUGCCAUAUCAUUUGCAAUGAACGGGAAUAUUGCAUUGUCCAUGGAGAUUGGUUCCGCCUAUGCGUUGCAGGUCUGUCUACUGCAAAUACCCGCUUUAGUCCUGUUCAGUGCUCUAUAUACCCAGUCUAUCGACCCAGCAGAGCUCGCGAAUCACUCUUUCAACCUAAUCUUCCCUCAAUGGGACAUGAUCACAGUCAUCCUGUGCGUCUUCCUUCUGUCGUAUGUCUAUGGCGAAGGAAAGAGCAAUUACUUCAAGGGCUCUGUGCUCGUCUUGACCUACUUGGUUGUCAUCCUCGGUUUCUAUCUGUCAGGAUACAGCAACAUGGAGAGCAUGGGUGUUGACCGAUUCGACACGCUCGCCCUGGGCUCCAGCCACUCUGAGAAGUUCUAUACCAUCGGUCGUACUCGUUCCGGUGUGGCAUAUUGA